GUUGUUUUUUGCUAUCACAGAAUUUGUGAUAAACAGUCUCGGGAAGCAAUUCAUUGAGAACCCACCAGUAGAUUUAGCUACUCUUUACCAAGAUAUAUCACCUUCAACACCUUUAAUUUUCAUCUUAAGUACUGGAUCUGACCCAAUGGGAGCAUUCCAGAGAUUUGCCAAAGAAAAAGGAUAUUCAGAUCGAGUACAAUCAAUUUCUUUGGGACAAGGACAAGGACCAAUUGCAGAAAAAAUGAUAAAGGAUGCUUUGGACUCAGGAAAUUGGAUAUUUCUGCAGAAUUGCCAUUUAGCUAUUUCGUGGAUGCUGCCUAUGGAAGAACUGAUAAAGAGUUUUACUGAACCAAAUGUUUCCAUUAAUGAGAACUUCAGACUGUUCUUAAGUUCUAUGCCAAGCAAUAUAUUUCCUGUCACCGUGCUCCAGAAUUCUGUGAAGGUUACUAAUGAGCCACCAAAAGGUCUCCGUGCUAAUAUUCGGCGUGCGUUUACAGAACUUACUCCAGAUUUCUUUGAAAACCAUGAUCUUGGGGCUAAUUGGAGGAAAAUUGUAUUUGGAAUUUGUUUCUUUCACGCCAUCAUUCAGGAAAGGAAAAAAUUUGGACCUCUCGGAUGGAACAUCUGCUAUGAAUUUAAUGACAGUGAUCGAGAAUGUGCACUCCUCAAUUUAAGCUUGUAUUGCAAGGAUGGAAAGAUACCAUGGGAUGCACUCACAUAUAUUACUGGGGAAAUAACAUACGGUGGUAGAGUGACUGAUGCAUGGGACCAAAGAUGUUUGAGAACAAUACUUAGAAGAUUCUUCUCUCCGGAGACUCUUGAAGAUAACUAUCGUUAUUCUGAGUCAGGUAUAUACUUCAGUCCAGAUGCUGAGAAACUGCAAUAUUACAAAGACUAUAUUGAAAACCUGCCCUUGACCGAUGACCCAGAAAUCUUUGGAAUGCAUGAAAAUGCCAAUUUAGCUUUCCAGCGUAAGGAAACAAGCACUUUAAUUAAUACAAUAUUGGAUGUCCAACCAAGGUCUGCAGCCCGGGGCUCUGGAAAAAGCAAUGAUGAAAUAGUCAGCGAACUGGCAACUUCUAUCUUGUCAAAGCUACCAGAAAAACUAGACAUGGAUGCCGCAUCAGAAGCACUGUUUACUAAAGACUCCAAUGGACGGGUUAACUCUUUAACAACUGUACUUGGACAAGAAGUAGACAGGUUUAAUAAACUCAUUGAAGUAGUCAAAAACUCACUGGAGACUCUCAAUAAAGCAAUUGCUGGUUUUGUGGUAAUGUCUGAGGAGAUGGAGAGAAUAUACAAAAGUUUUCUCAACAAUCAUGUGCCAACAUUAUGGGCGGAUGCUGCUUAUCCCUCACUGAAACCCUUGGGAUCCUGGGUAAAAGAUUUUAUGUUGAGGACAGCUUUUAUAGAUGCUUGGAUUCGCAGAGGCCUACCAAAGUCAUUCUGGAUCUCUGGUUUCUUUUUCCCCCAAGGAUUUCUCACAGGAGCCCUUCAGAACCAUGCUCGGAAGUACAACUUGCCUAUAGAUGAACUUAGCUUCCACUAUAAUGUUCUGCCUUAUUAUCGUGAUCAAGCAUCAGUGAUUGAAGCACUGAAAUCAGUACAGUUUGGAGAAGAGUUGCCAAUGGAUAUACAGCUACCAUCCCCAGAAGAUGGUGUACUGGUGCACGGGAUGUUUAUGGAUGCAAGUCGUUGGGAUGAUAAAAACAUGGUUAUAGAGGAUGCAUUGCCAAGACAAAUGAAUUCCAUGCUACCUGUUGUUCACUUUGAACCUCGCCAGAAUUACAGUCCAUGCUCAAAAUUAUAUCAAGCGCCACUCUAUAAAACAGGAGCUAGGGCAGGUACACUGUCCACAACAGGUCACUCUACUAAUUUUGUGGUUACUGUGUUGUUGCCGUCAAACAGAAGCAAUGAUUACUGGAUCUCAAAAGGGUCAGCUUUGCUUUGCCAGUUAAAUGACUGAGUACCUCAGAAGAGCACUUGCCUUUAUGUUAUUGAUUUGUGGAAUUUCAAAUGAAUGCACACGUUUUUUGCAUUUAAUGGAAAUAUAUUUAUAAAGUUAUAUGUAUUUAUCUUCCUCUUAAAAUAUAAAUUUAUUUAAAUUAAA